AUGAUCCCCCGCGGGCAGACCACUAUCCAGCAAAACUUCAUCGGCCACUACCGUAACCAGCAACAGCAGGGGAAGAUCCCCCAGGGCUGGCAGCAAUCCGUCCCGCCUACCGAGCGCGCCCAGCUCGCCCUUCAGUUCUAUACCUCCUUCCGUUUGCUCAAGCCCGAGGGUUCUGAGGCCGACGCAGUCCGCGUCGCCAUCAACUUCGAAAGCCAGACCUUCGCGACGUCCCAGACGAAGGACUCGUAUGCGUCCAACAUCAAACAGAAGCUCAUGCAAAUGGCAAGCAUUCGACAGCAGCAGGCUAACCAAGGUAUCCCAAACAACCUUAAUGGCAUGAAUCCCACACAAAUGGGCAUGAUGGGACAGCCUGGCGUCCCUAACCCAAGGGCCAACCCGCAGCAGUUUCCUCAAGGUUUCCCUAAUCCUCAAUUGCAGCGGCCGAUGCAGGCAUCCCCGAUCCCCAUGUCCCAAGGACAGUCGUCGAUGGGUAUGAACGGCGCCAAUGCCAUGAACUUCCAGCAAGGCCAGAACAAUGCCCAGCGAGGCAUGCAGCAACCGCCGCAGCCCGGCCAGAUGUCGGAGGCCGCGACUAUCAAUCGAGUCGCCCAGCGGAUGCAAGAAUCCGCGAAGCCCGAGGUCAUUGCCAAAUUUCAGCAAGAAGUUGAAACCUGGCCAAUGAACAAACGCCAGCAGCUUGCGAGCCAAGGGAUCAGCCCGUUGUUCUGGCGCUUUCGACAGCAUGCUGAGUUGAUGGUGAAGCAAGGCAAGAUCAACCUUGCUUCUCUGCAGGGUGGCCAACAAAAUGUACAGCAACAACCGCCGCAAAAUCAAAUGCAGAGUCAGCAGAUGAAUAUGAACCAACGUCAACCCGGCGAAUUCGACUUGAACGCCCUUGCGAAUCAGCAGAAUGAGGCCUUUCGCGUCCAAGAUCAAGGCCAGCAAGUCGUUCCCGCGAGCAACAACGUGAACGGCACUAGCUUCCCUGGUCAGAAUGCGCAGCCUGGCCAACCAGCAAACGCAGCACUCGCCCAGCAGCGACAGGCCUCUCAAGCCGCUGUAUUUCAGAAUGCCCAGCGCCAAGCUCAGGUCCAAGCGCAGGCUCAGGCUCAAGCUCAAGCGCAAGCUCAAGCACAAGCGCAGGCUCAAGCACAAGCGCAGGCUCAAGCUCAAGCGCAGGCUCAAGCUCAAGCUCGCCGACCGAACCCAAUACUCCAAGGCCAACUUGGCGGUCUUAACCUACCUCCAGGAACGACUCAGCAAAGUCCCGCAAUGCCCAUGCUCACCCGGCCAAUAGGACAGCAACCUGGCGCGACCACCCCCCAGCCACGACCUCAAGCCCACGUACCGCAAAUGACGCCCAACCAACCCCAAGUCGAUCCUCAGGUCGCCACCCAAUUGAUGCGUGAGGCUCAGCAACGAGCCGCCGCAGCAGCGCAAGGGACUGGGCAGCCAUUGACUACACAAGUACGAAUAAACCUGUUACCACAAGACUUGCCCCCCGAAGUGAAGGAGCAGAUGCUGAAACUUCCUGAACCCCAAUUCCGCUCCCUCUUGGCCAACUUUAUGAAUGGCAUGCGUGGUAACCGGCCCAUGGGGUUUGGUGGACAGCCACCUGCAGGUCAACCCAAUAUGAUUAUGAAUCCCGCACAGGCCUUGCAGAUGGGGAUACAGGGAAACCAAAUGAUAAAUGCAGGGAACAUGGGGAAUUUUGGCCGGCCAAAUGGAAUGCCUCUAGGCCAGCAACCUCCAAAUGGAAUGACUCCACAGCAGCUGGCAGCGAUGGGUCAGCGACCGCAACCAGGAGGUAAUCAACGACUCGUUGCUGCGCAUCAGGUACUCCAGCAGAACCCGGGGAUCAUUCAAGCCACAGACGAUAGGCCUUACCCCCCGAAUGCAUUGAGCCCACAAGUGAAGCAAAGCAUUCCUCCCGAAGUCAAAACUUGGGCUCAGCUCAAGCAAUGGGCAAGCCAAAAUCCGGGUCUUAUGCAGAAUAUGGAUGGGCAGAAGUUGAUCCUCCUCCAAGUCUUACAUUUUCAGGACCUCAUGCGACACGCCAAUAUCGCUGGUGGACAGCGCAUUCCCCAGCAAAAUCCUAGUAUGGCGCCACAAGUUCCUCAAAUGACUCCCGGUCAAGGUCCCGCUCGGACACCACAACAACAGCCAAACAUUCCACCUAUGGUCCCUAUACAAGUCACCCAGCAUGAGUUGAUAAAUCUUCGAUCAAGACUGCGGCCCGACCAAGCUGGGAUCUCUGAUGAUCAGCUUCGCUCGUACAUUUUGCAACAGAAACUCCAACACAGAAAACAACAGCAGCAGGCCUUGUUGCAACAGCAAAUGUCACGCAAUCAAAUGCCUCAGCCUCAACCUGGCAUACCCGUCCAAGGUCCCCCAGCAUCUCGCCCACCAACAGCACAACCACAGGUCACCCAGCCUACUCCUCAGCCUAAACCACCAAUGCAGAAACCCCAACAGCUUCCGCAGCCUCAAAAGCCUGCCCAGCCUGCUAGCCAGAAUAACCCAAACAAAGGAGUGAAGAGACGGAACGAGGAUUCCACAGAAGAGGGUAAUUCCGAGCCGCCAGGUGGCAACGCUGCUCCCCAAGCCCCGGCAAUGGUACCGUCCAAAUCGCAUCCCGGGAUUGUUAACCUCACCCAGGAGCAGAUUUCAAGGCUCACACCAGCACAGCAUGCCCAGAUGCGUGCUCAGCUGUUGCGAGCGCAGGAUGCAUCCAACAACAAGCUUCCACAACAACGCCCACCACCAAGCUACGAGGAGCUCAUGGCUAGGGUGAAGGAACCAGCUAGGGAUGCAAAGUUCCGCCAAAUGAUUAAGGAAGAAGAUGCAAAGGCGGCCACUGGACAACCAGUCCAACUUUCCCCCAAAGUGCGUGCUCAAUUGCAACAACUUGUGCGAGAGAAAAUGCCUAUCAUGAGGAAGGUUGACAUGUCCUUGCGCAUUUUCAUUGCUGGCUACGACGGUGCCGAGUCUGAGAACGUUGCUCGAUCGGUGAUGCGCGCCCGUGCAACGCUCUUGAGACAAAUUCAGCCACAAGAAGGAACACUUAAAGAACAUGUUACCCUGAGCGAGGAAGACUUCAAGAAUCAUGUUCGUCACAUUUUCAACUUCGUGCAAAAGGUCAUGGCGAGGUUUUCUACCCAGCAAAAUCCCGCUGCCGUACCCCAACAAAACCAACAGCAACGACAAGCACUCGAACCGCAGCCUGCGACACAGCCUCUCAAUGCCCAGAACCUGAAGAAUCUCGAACUACAGCAACGUGAGCAUAGGACUCCGCCAGCACCAACUGGAGAGAGACCUCCAUUCCCGAUUGGUCAGUCGCCCCGUGGUACCGGCGCCCCGAUCUACCUCAAGGAGAAUGAAGUCAAGGACCUCAGGCUUCCAGAGAAGAAGAAACCGAGACUGGAGCAUUCUAGUUCAACACCAGGCCAUAAGCCUUCCCCUCAGAUAAGCUCAGGCAAAGGUGGUUCUCCCGAGCUCAAGAGACAACCACCGCCAGAGAAGCCUGUUGAGCAGAAACCCACUUUCAAAUGUAAAGACACCAAUUGUGAAUAUAGUAUGCGAGGUUUUGAUACCCCGGGUGAGUUGGAGGCACACACCAAAGACGCACAUGGCAAGAUCGAAGAUCCCUUGCAAUAUGUUUUGGAUUCAAUGGCAGACUACUUGGAUGUCGAUGUACGGACUGGCGAACCUAGGUCGCAUCCGAAUGCAAAUCGCGGUGCGAAACCAGCUGCUUCAGGUCGGGUCCCACCUCAAACCACCAAGCCUGGACAAACCCCGAACAUCACGCAAAAUGCCACGACCCCCGUAGGCCCACAGGCUGCCGCUACACCAAUGGCUCGUGUUUCGACCCAGCCAGGCAUCAAGAGCUCCCCAUCAAACAGUUUACUCAAGACGCCACAGACGGGGGCGAAGGUAGCGACUCCCAACACUGGAGCUCUCGCCAAAGGUACCCCAUCCAGCGUCACUAAGCCAGCAACGAAGGAACGUGAGAUGGCUGCCGUUCCCGAAGAACAGAAGGAAGAACAGGCACAGCCAUUACUUCCCAACGCUUUAUUUGACCUCAAUUACGAAGAAGUCUACGCUGCUCUUGAUGCCAAUGGCCCAUUUACUCUUUUGGAUCUCAAGGACGAAGACAAUUCUUGGAUUCUCCGCUCGACCUCUCCUUCCCACACGCCAGAUUCGUCCUCGAAGGACUCUCCCUCUACUCGUCAGUCCGACAUAUCUGAGAAUGACAAUCUUCAAAUCAACAUUGGCAUGAAGGACGCAGAUAUCCCUGAUGGAUGGCUCGCUGCAAUGAGUGGAGAUACUGUUCCGCUGGAUGCACAAUUGUCUGAAGAUUUACAGAAUUUAGGUGUAACUCUUCCCCCAAUGGACAAUGACGAUAUGAUGCUGUUUUACGGAGACACUGUCAUGACUGGCCUUGAUGGAUUUGAUUCUGACAAGCUGGACUCGCUGUUGAAUUUGGAUUCUACGAUGGCUUAA